AUGUCUCCCCGUUCAAGAGAAGGUGGUGAUAUUUGUGCCAUCUAUGUUCACGCAGGCGCCGGGUUUCACAGCUAUCAGAACGAGCAGGUACACUUAGAGGCCUGUAAUGACGCCGCGAAAGUUGCUAUGUCACUCCUGAAAAAUGGUGGUUCUGCUCUUGACGCGGUUGAAAUUGCUUUGAGGUUGAUGGAAGAUCGGGAAAUCACCAACGCUGGAUAUGGCAGUAACCUCACAGCUGACGGUACUGUCGAGUGCGAUGCAACCAUAGUCGACCAUCUGGGGCGUAGCGGGGCUGUCGGUGCUUGUUCUCACGUCAAAAAUCCGAUUUCUGCAGCUCGCCUUAUUCUCGACUAUCAAGAUAAACCACUCUCUCUGCAACGCGUGCCACCCAACUUUCUCGUCGGCCAGGGGGCUACUGAGUUCGCCUUUGAUCAUGGUAUGCCUAUAGUAACAGAUGACUUGUUGAUAUCUUCGACUGCCAAGUCCCGAUGGCUACGAUGGCAGCACGAUGUGGAAUCCGCCAGGUUAGAACAAGAGACCCAGAGCGGAAAACAGACUACAGGGGAAACCCGGAGCUCUGAAGCUUCAACGCACUCUACUAACUCCUUAACAACGGUCAAUCCUGCAGUGCUUAUGACACCACCCUCUAGUCUUCACGAGAAUACAGGCUCAAAGGAACAAGAGGUUUCUUCCAUCAAUAUAGCACAACGUGAAUCGUCCCUCGUCACGGCAGAUGGCACUGAUAAUAUGUUCGACAGCAGAUCAGCACAGCCAGCGGGCUAUGAAAAUACAGUAGGAGAGACUAGCUCAGCGGAUGGACGUAUAAAAGAAAACGAGGAUAGCAUUACCGACACCGUGGGAGCCAUUGCCGUUGAUUGUUACGGUAGGAUUGCCGCAGGCUCGUCUUCUGGCGGGAUUGGAUUGAAACAUCGUGGAAGGGUAGGCCCUGCAGCCUUGAUAGGUAUCGGUACGGCCGUUAUCCCCGAAGAUUCACGAGACCCCGAGCACACAAGUGUCGCUGCAGUCACGUCUGGAACCGGUGAACAUAUCGCAACAACUCUGGCUGCUAGCGCCUGUGCUAGUCGGAUUUACUUCAGCGAUCGCAAGGACGAGACUGGAAUGACGGAAAACGUCACCGAAGAGGAGGCGAUAAAGUCUAUGAUUGACGUCGACUUCAUGGACCACCCAAGCGUAAAGCACAGUCAUUGUGAAGCUGCAAUUGGCGUUAUGGCGGUUAAGAAGACAAGAGACGGCAUCUAUCUGUUCUUCUGCCACAAUACAGAUUCAUUUGCCCUUGCUUCGAUGACCUCGGAGGAUAGGGCGCCUCACUGUGUUAUGUCUCGACGCUCUAGACAGGGAACCACUGCGCAAGGCGGGCGAUUUUCAAGGUUCCGCCGAUAA